UGAUUCAAGAAAUGUGCAUUAAAAUUCGGUGAUGAAUUUUUAUUUUUCAAACAAAAAAUGGAUUUAUUUACCGAAAUUCAAGAUAGAUUAGAGAGUAAAAAGUUUUUAAAAACUAGUCAAACAUUUUCCAAUGGUUAUAUUUGUAGUGGUGCAAGUUUUGAAAUUGAUGAUGGAAUUAUUUUUGUCAAAACAAAUUUUGAUAAUAUUGCUGUGGAUAUGUUGAAUGGUGAAUUUUGUUCAUUGAAAAAAAUCGCUGAAACUCAGACUAUACGUGUACCAGAACCUUAUUUUGUUAUAGCUGAUCCUAAUAGUAAUGGUGGAGCAUUGGUUGUUGAAUUUUUAAACAUGCAACCGGUGACAAAUUGGAAAAAACUUGGUUCUGAUUUGGCUGAUUUACAUAUGUUUAAUUCGAUUCUUGGUCGUAAAAAACUACGAUUAGAAUCAUGGAUUGGUAAACCACCACCCUCAACAGAAUUGCCUGAAAACAUUGAAUCUACUAUGAACAAAAAUAUCAAAUUAAAUAUUCCGGAUGAUAUUAUUCAAAAUGUAGAUCAUGUAGAAGAAUUUGGAUUCCAUUCAGUUACUUGUUGUGGAAAAAUUCCUCAAAACAAUGAUUGGCAUGAUAAUUGGAUUGAAUUUUAUGCUCGUAAUCGUUUGAAUCAACAAAUUGAUUUGAUUAUUGAAAAUUAUGGUAAUCGUAAAAUUGUUGAAUAUUGGUCAGAACUUCAGCUAAAAAUUGAUAAAUUUUUCAUUGAUAUUAUGGAUAAUAUUGAACCUGCUUUAUUGCAUGGAGAUUUAUGGUCAGGAAAUAUUACACAAAUAAUGAAUUCUGAACCGGUAAUUUUUGAUCCAGCAUCAUUUUAUGGCCAUUCGGAAUAUGAACUUUCAAUUUCUAAACUUUUCGGUGGAUUUAGUCCGGUUUUUUAUAAUGAAUAUUUCAAGAAAAUUCCACAACAAAAAGGCUUUAAAAAACGUUCAGAAUUAUAUACACUUUUUCAUUUACUUAAUCAUUGGAAUCAUUUUGGUGGAUCAUACGAAAAUCAAAGUAUUGAUUUAAUGAAAAAAUUAACAAAUUAUGUUUUUUAAUCAAUUAAUUAAAUAUUUUUUAUAAUAAAAAAAAUUUU